AUGGCAGCGGCCUUUGUGACGCAGGCGGGCGCCGUGGAGACCGGGCCCAAACACACCUCGCUUCAGUGUCAGCUGGAAGCGCUCCUGGAAGCUGCCGCGGCCCACCUUUCGGCAAGUCCCCCCCACGCGCCCACCAUGUCUGCUUCCAGCGGCUCCCAGAGGCCCAUCAAGGGGAUCCUGAAAAACAAAGGCUCCUCGGCCGCGUCGGCCGCGUCGGCCACGUCGGCUUCCUCGGUCAUGACCCCCGCCCAGCCGUCUCGCGGCCUCACCCAACUCCAGGCCAGAAAGACCAAGAAGGGGGACGAGUCCAACAUCCGCGCCACCUGCCGGGCCGCCUACAGAGACUAUGAUCUGCAGAACAUCAACGAGCCCAGCACGCCCCACGUCCGGAUCCAAGAUGGCGCCGAGGACCUGGUGCGGGAGUUCGAGGCCAAAGAGCAGGCCCGAGGCACCGCCGGCCACAUCCUGGGGAAGUUAGCCGCCACCGAUGCCACCGAGCCGAACUGCCGCCUGGGGGAGCUGGAGGGCAAGGAGGCCCACAGCAGCAAACUCCUCCUGGACAAGAUCGAGAGGCAGCGGCAGUUCGAGUUGAGGCGGAAGCUGCAUUACACCGAGGGGCUGAACAUCAAGCUGGGAAGAGAACUGAUCGCCAAGGAACUGCAGUAUUUAGAAAUCGAUGACGAAGACGAAGAAAAGCCACCUGUUGCCACGGAAGAGAAGGCCGCUGCAGGAGAAGCCGAGGAGGAUGGUCCUGCGAGCGAAGACCUGCAGGCCCCAGCGAGCUACCUGUAG